AUGUCACAUGUUUGCAAGGAUGAACUUUCAAACUUAAAUGUAAAAAAUAAAUAAAAAAAAUUAAUAAAUUAAAUUAAAAAAAAGUCAUCAUUUUUAACUCAAAAAAGUCAUUCCUAAACUAAAUCAGAACAUACAAUAAAUUAAUAAGCAAAUAACAUAUAAAAAUUAAAAGCUUUACAAUAAAGACAAUGCAAUUGUAAAAAAUCUAAAUGUUUGAAGCUAUACUGUGAUUGUUUUGCCAUUGGAGAAUAUUGUAAUCCCAUUUGCCAUUGCUUUGAAUGCAAAAACAAUGAAUCUAAUAAAGAAAAGCGUGAAAUGGCUUUAAAAUAAAAUAAAGAAAGAAACCCAAAUGCCUUUACUUCUCGAAUAAUUCAAUAAAGCUAAUUAAAUAAUCACUAAAGAGGGUGCAAUUGUAAAAAAUCUGGAUGCUAAAAAAAAUACUGUUAAUGUUAUUUAGAUGGUAUGGAAUGUUCGAGAUAUUGCAGGUGUAUAGGGUGUGAAAAUUGCAAUAUUUUUGAAAAUAAAAAAAUAUGUUUAAAUAAUAAAAAUAUAGAGAAAUAAAUAUAAUAGCAAAAAGGCAACAGUGAUUAUAUCUAAAAAGAUUAAUAAUAAAAUAUACUUAAUUAAAUAAUAAAUAUAGUUGAUCUAUAAAAUAAACUAUUUAAUAAUCCUUUAAUUUAAUUAGCUAUUUUUUAAGCAUAAUAAAAUACUUAGAACUUUCUUUAAUAAAAUAAUAAAGAAAAUAAUAAUAUUGAUUAAAUCAAUUAAUUUCAAUUAAUCUGA